UCUAAAUAAAGACUUCGGUGUCUUUUUUGGGGAUGACUUUCAUUGACUUUUUUCAAAACUAGCUACAAAGACAGAGUUUGCUGGCGGUGGUAGCCUGCCGCUUGGUCGUUUCCUCCCGGGCUGCUGCUGCUGCUGCUGCGCUGCAGUUAGCCCACGGGGCAGUUCGAAACAAGCUAGCAAACAAUGCAUAUGACGUUGGAAGAUUCCAGUCCAGUCCCACAAAUGUCAGGUUUUGGUCGCAAGCAAUGCGCGUCUCUGCAGUCGAAGUGGUAAAUGUUGUAUUUUGGGUGUAACUGUCUCUUUUCUCCAUUUUGUUUUUCCACUUGUAGAUGAGACCGAAGCUGAGGAGCGAACCGCUACUGUAAAGAUCCUGCCAUGUCUGGUCCAACCUGGCUGCCCCCUAGAACUCUGGAUAGUCCAGAGAGAGCCGUCCCCCAGAUGUCCCAUGUAACUGGGUCUGCCAUCUACAGAGCCCCCAACAAAAAGGCUGCUUCUGACUUCCCACCAAAAUAUAGCAACUAUGAACAGAAUGGAGGAGUCGGUGGUGUAGCCCUCAGGUACAUGGCUACUGGACCGAGAGCUGGUGGUUCAGUCCACCACCCUUCAAGUGAUCAUUACUAUUCUCCUCCUCAUGGUCCUAAGGAAGAUCGCAACUGGAGUCCUCACAUGGACAGUUAUGAGCUCAUGCAUCGUGGUCCUGGGAAAGCAGUGGGCCAUCCCUCUAAGAUCGACGCCGACAUUGACUCGCUCACGAGCAUGCUAGCUGAUCUGGACAGCCACCCGCACGAGUCCAGCACACAGCUGUACGACAAUGUGCCUUACAACAAGUACCUCAGCGAGGAUCAGUACAAAUCUGCACAUCAGAACCCGGCCCCCAGUCAGAGUCGUCCCUCAAUGGACUAUCCUCCUCACCCCCGCAGCCAGUACUACCCUGCCCCUCUGUACCACAGUGACCACCACUCUUCCCAAUACUCCUCGGCUCCCCACCAGGACUACUACUCCCCCUCUCCUCCAGCCCCCAAACCUUAUCCCCAGCCAGUCCCCGCAUCUUACACCACCGCCUCCACUCCGACAGGUCCCAGGUUCACUGUGCAGGUCAAGACAGCCCAACCAGUCACUUAUUCACAGACUGGGAGGCAAGCGGAGCAGGCCUACACUCCACCUCCGCCUCGGCAGCAUGUGAGCCGCCCUCCUCCCCAAACGAGUCCUCAAGGCUGGUACCCCCCACAGUCCAGCUCCCAGACUCAGGUGAUGCACCCUGAUGUGGGCUGCAAAGGAGUUGGUGGAAGAGUGAACCAGGUUUCAGUGCCCAAAAGAGGGAUGGAGAGUAAUCCGCCUGUGCAGAGUUCAGCAUAUCAGUCCAGUAAGGUGGCGGCAUCAACCAAACCUGAAGAGGAGUUGGAUCGACUCACGAAGAAGUUGGUGUACGACAUGAACCACCCACCUGCCGAGGACUACUUUGGCCGCUGCGCUCGCUGUGGUGACAAUGUGGUGGGUGACGGCAACGGCUGCAUCGCCAUGGAGCAGGUGUUCCACGUGGAGUGCUUCACUUGCAUCACCUGCCAUGCCCGCCUGCGAGGACAGCCCUUUUACGCCCUGGACAAGAAGAGUUACUGCGAGACUUGUUACAUUAGCACCUUGGAGCGAUGUUCAAAGUGCUCCAAACCCAUCUUGGACCGUAUCCUGCGAGCAAUGGGGAAAGCUUACCACCCACGCUGCUUCACAUGCAUCGUCUGUAACUGUUGCUUGGACGGCGUGCCCUUCACCGUGGACGCCACCUCUCAGAUUCACUGCAUAGACGACUUUCACAGGAAGUACGCUCCUCGCUGCUCUGUGUGUGGUGAGCCCAUCAUGCCUGAAGCCGGCCAGGAGGAGACGGUGAGGAUAGUUGCACUGGACCGCAGUUUCCACGUCAACUGCUACGUCUGCGAGGAAUGCGGACUACUCCUGUCCUCAGAGGGUGAAGGUCGUGGCUGUUACCCGCUCGAUGGCCACAUCUUGUGCAAGAGCUGCAGUGCCAGACGCAUCCAGGACCUGUCUGCCAAAAUCUCCACAGACUGCUGACUUACUCGCUGUCUGACGGCGUCUCUGCUGCCCUACUCAGCAUAUCUCCUUUCUGAUCACGAUGUCUUGACAGCUUUGUUACCCGGUUUGGUUCAACAUGGCUCUUGUGGCGCCACCUGCUGGUGUGUAGUCAUACGUCAUCUCGGUACAUGUUUGGUUUUCCACAUCUCUUCUGAAGGAAUUGAAGCCCAACCUGCCGGCGGUUUGGGCUCCAGCUUCACAGGUACAUUUAGGUUGUUGUCAAAUAUAUAUAAACUCACAAUUGUAUAAAAUGUAUUCGAAUAACGGCUUGUGACGUGUGUAAUGAAAGCACAACUGUGAGUGUACAGUACAUAACCGGCUGCGCCAGAGCCGUGUUGAGCAGUUUGCAGUGAAUCUUUGCAGUGAUGUAGCUUCAUAGAAAUGUAGACCAGAAGAAUGUUUUCUGUUCUUUUGCGAGACUGUUGCUUUCUGCUCCAUCCUUCUCAUAACAUUACAGAAUGUGAAACUUUGGUUUAAGCUCAACAUGCUUGAUACUUGACUGUUACAUGGAAGGCAACGGUGUGAUGAAGUAUUUCUGAAGGAAAACAGGGUGAUUGUCAUUUACUUGAAAACAAUAUGCCAUAAAAUUUGAGCCUCA